AUGCAUCCUUCCCUCUUCCUCGCUGCCCUUUGCUUGGGAAUAGCUUCAGCUGCUCCAAAACUCUAUCAGAGCAUAGAUGAACAAUGGUCCCUGUGGAAGGCAACACAUGGGAAACUCUAUGGUGUGAAUGAUGAAAUAUGGAGGAGAGCAGUGUGGGAGAGGAAUAUGAAAAUGAUCGAACAGCACAAUCGGGAACACAGCCAAGGGAAACACAGCUUCACAAUGGCAAUGAAUUCCUUUGGUGACAUGACCAAUGAAGAAUUCAGGCAGGUGAUGAAUGGCCUUAAAAUCCAGAAGCACAAGAAGGGGAAACUGUUCCAAGCACCUUUCUUUGCUGAGAUCCCAUCAUCUGUGGACUGGAGAGAGAAAGGCUAUGUAACUCCCGUGAAGAAUCAGGGUUAUUGUCUUUGUUGUUGGGCUUUUAGUGCAACUGGUGCCCUUGAAGGACAGAUGUUCCGGAAAACUGGCAAACUUGUUUCACUGAGUGAGCAGAACCUGGUGGACUGCUCUCAGCCUGAAGGCAAUAAGGGUUGCAAUAGCGGCCUAAUCGAUGAUGCCUUCCAGUAUGUUAAGGACAAUGGAGGUCUGGACUCAGAGCAAUCCUAUCCAUAUCAUGCACAGGGCGAAUCCUGCAAAUACAAGCCUGAGAACUCUGUUGCCAGUGUCACUGACUACUGGGACAUCCCUAGUAAGGAGAAUGAACUUAUGAACACAUUGGCAGCUGUGGGGCCCACCUCUGCUGCUAUAGACUCAAGCCUGGAUACCUUCCGCUUCUAUAAAGAAGGCAUUUAUUAUGACCCAAACUGUAGCAGUGAAAACCUGGAUCAUGGUGUUCUGGUGGUUGGCUAUGGCUCUGACGGAACAGAGGCAGAGAACAAAAAAUACUGGAUUGUUAAGAACAGCUGGGGCACUGACUGGGGCAUGGGUGGCUACAUCAUGAUGGCCAAAGACCGGGACAAUCACUGUGGAAUCGCCUCCAUGGCCAGCUUUCCUGCCGUGUGA